AUGCAGUGUAGGCCUUCAAGUUUGAACACAGGGGGUUAUUCACCAAACUGUCAUUACCGGGUUUUCCCUCUGGAGCAGACUGAUAGCAGUAAAAUACAGGGUGGGUCCUAUUGAUGUCCAAGUAGUAACACUAUUGCAAAAUUGCAAUGCUAGAGCUCCAGUGAAUUAGCCUUAAAUCACAGUGUGUAAACAGGGUUUCUAAUGGAUAGUUGUAACAGUCCUGGUAUAUUCUAUGUAGACCCUACGAGAUGGGACACCACAGGGAAUCGAUGCUAUCUCUAACUUAGAGACUUACAUUUUGGUGCGACUGAAGCAGAGAUGUUAGCAUGCCAUUCUCAGUGAUAGCCGUAGCAUAGAACACCCAUGAAAGUGUUACUAGGAGAUUUAGGGAACUACAAUAGCGGUCCUCUUACUGUAUUUGAAUGCCGUACGAGUUUCCCUAUGGUGUCCCAUCUCGUAGGGUCUACAUAGAAUAUACCAGGACUGUUACAACUAUCCAUUAGAAAUCCUGUUUACACACUGUGAUUUAAGGCUAAUUCACUGGAGCUCUAGCAUUGCAAUUUUGCAAUAGUGUUACUACUUGGACAUCAAUAGGACCCACCCUGUAUUUUACUGCUAUCAGUCUGCUCCAGAGGGAAAACCCGGUAAUGACAGUUUGGUGAAUAACCCCCUGUGUUCAAACUUGAAGGCCUACACUGCAUGUGGAUAGCAGUUAGCUCUAUCCUUUAACUUAUUAACAUUGAAUAACCCCCUGUGUUCAAACCUGAAGGCCUACACUGCAUGUGGAGAGCAGUUAGCACUAUCCUUUAACUUAUUAACAUUGAAUAACCCCCUGUGUUCAAACUCGAAGGCUUACACUGCAUGUGGAGAGCAGUUAGGACAUCCUUCAAUUUAUCAACUUUAAAACGAUUUGUUACUAUGUAAGCCUUUUUAUACUGUUUGGGGAACGCUUUUCACUAGCAUUACUAUUUGGUUACAAUUGCAACUAUUGUAUCCUUCUGAGAUAGAAGGUUAAUAAAGAAUUAAAAGAUUUACAUGUUUAUGGAUACAUUAGUUAGCUUUACCACUAAGGAGUUGAGUGUUUUCCCCUGAUCCAUACCAAUUUUUCUCUAAGCAAGUUAAUUAGGUAUAUUUUGGUGUAAAUUAUUUUCGUGUUUUUUAGUACCUAUAUCAGCUUUGAGUGUUCUCACAUUUGAGGACUACUCUCUUGUAUUUGCUCUUUGUGUUUUCAUAUACAAUUCAAGGGUUCAAGCCCAUUCGGUGGAGCUGGUACCACCAUCCUGACCACAUUUUCCCAGUUUCUGAUCCUUGUUUUUGGACAGAAAAAGGGAAACUUUCCACUGCAUUAUCGGACAUAUAAAUAGAUACAAAUACGUAUUUGUGUUGCCAGUGUUCAAGCUACAACAUUUCUUACUGGGUGUGAAUGUAAACUACCAUUCAUAAUUGAAACUUUUACAUUAUGAUGCGCCAGGAUGUUUUUUUUUAAAAACAGUGUAAAUCACUUGACGUGGGGAUAUAUCUGACAGCUGUGGAAUUAUACUGAAAUAGUGUGAAGUGUCUUGCAGGUUCUCAGAAUCAUUUCCAAUGGGUUGGACUGUCUCCAAGUUUGCCAUAAAGCUUUGAAUUUUAAAUUAAUUCUUCUUUCCCCCGUGAAUACCUGGGAAUAAAGAGCAGCCCUUCUUAUAGAACCACAGGGUUUUAUAUAGAGUACCUUCCGUUCUUACAAAGAUUCUGCCGUGUUCGGGUUGCCCUGGGAAUUAAUGGAUCCAUAUAGCAGUGACCAUAUUAAUGCAAAGCACAAACAUAUACCAGAUUGUCUCUGAAGUUACUCAUAUUUGUUUCUUGUUCACUGCAGUGGUCUGAAAACAAAAAAUAAAUAAAUGACCAAAUAUUUUUAAGAUGAAAAAAGGUAAAAAUUGUUACAUUCUUUUUUUGUGUCCGUAAUGUACCUAAUCUUGAUUUCUUUUUCUCACAGCGUACUCAACACCCAGCACUUCCCCUGCAAACCGAUUCGUCAGUGUUGGUCCUAGGGAUCCAAGCUUUGUAAAUAUCCCUCAACAGACACAGGUGGGUAACUGUGAAUGAGACACUACAUCUGAUGUGAUUUGUAACAAUUACAGAUAUAUUAUGUUACAUGCGAUAUGGAGGAUACCACUUAAAAAAAAAAAAAAAAAAGCACUAUUUAAUAACUUGGAAUCUUUGUGCAACUCAUCCAUUUAAAAUAUUUGAGUAAGCUGUUUAAAUAAAAUAUGAUUUUUUUUCAAAAUAUAUACAUUUUAAAAGUUUCUCCAAACAUAUUAAAGGAUCACUAUAGGGUCAGGAACACAAACAUGUAUUCCUGACCCUAUAGGGUUAAAACCACCAUCUAGCCCCCCUGGUCCCCUCAUGCCCCCAUAAAUAUAGUAAAAGUUUUACUGUAUUCAAGCUUAAAGCUCUAACUCUGCAUGCUGUUAGACUCAGAAAAACAAGCAGUGUGUUGACAUCAUCAGAAGUGGUAGCCAGAUCCAAUCACAGUGCUUCCCCAUAGGAUUGGCUGAGACUGACAAGGAGGCAGAUCAGGGGCAGAACCAGCAUGAUUCAAACACAGCCCGGGCCAAUCAGCAUCUCCUCAUAGAGAUGAAUUGAAUCAAUGAAUCUCUAUGAGGAAAGUUCAGUGUCUGCAUGCAGAGGUAGGAGACACAGAACGUUUGGAUACAUUUUUGGCAGCCAUGACCCAGGAAGGAUCUCUAACAGCUAUCUGAUGAGUGGCCAGUGAAGUUAUCACUAGGCUGUAAUUUAAACACUGCAUUUUCUCUGAAAAGACCGUGUUUACAGCAAAAAGCCUGAAGGUAAUGAUUCUACUCACCGUAACAAAUUCAAUAAGCUGUAGUUGUUCUGGUGACUAUAGUGUCCCUUUAAACCAUUUCAAAUUUGUAUCCAAAAAUACUGUAAUGUUAGGAAUACAGAGCUGUAUUCCUAACACUAUAGAGACCCUCUACCCCCAUCGCUUACAUUAGGCCUUCCUCACAGGAAGGCAUUGAAUCAGUUCCUUACCAAGGGGGAUUUCAAGAUGUUCGAUGUCUUCAUGCAAAGCUUGAGGACGUCCAGCCUCGUUUCACAGAGUCAAACUUUGUGAGAAUGCAGGAAGUAGACAACCACUGGAGGUAGGCUCAAUCCUGCAAUAGAAACAUUGCUGUUUUUCUAAAAAAAAUAUUAUAAAGGAACUAUCAAGCAAAAGUCAUGAUGCCCAAUCAUAAAAGGGACAUUGAACCCUGGAGAUGGACACACACUCUCAAUCUUGAAUGGAAUAUAAAUAUAUUCCAUAAAAAAUAUACAAAAUGAAUGCGUGCAGCCAGUUCUGAUCUUUUUGUUGUUGUCCGUGUUAAUGUUGAGCAUAUCCCAUUAACAUAUGGCAUUUGUAGUUCAGUUUGUGUGUGUAUUUUCUUUAUGACAAAAAACCUGAUCACCUCCAGAGCAUUGCAAAGUGUGUUACUGAGUAGCUAUAUUGUAGUUCAACUGUCUGCCAUGAAUGAAGCUUAGCAGCAGCAUGUGAUGUCGUGUAAAUGCUGUGAAAACUUCCUAAAGGUAAUGGGUACGUUUAUAACCAUGUCUGUGGUGUCAUGGAAGUUGAGACAUAUUAGAACUGCAGCAAUAUCUGCAAAUUGUUGAGGUUUUAAGCAGCGGAAUGCUUGGAGACCAGGACAAAAGGGGGCUCCUUGCUCAAUAAAUUGUGCAAAGAGAAUAGGUGACUAUGAUGGUUAGGAUGUCCACUGAAACCACCUCUAGUUGAACACAUGAUUUCUCUAAGAUUAUUCACCUAUCAAUAGCCCAUAUCUGUUGUAUAACGUUUUUCUCCCCCAACGCAUUCUCCAGAGCAAAUUAUUAUUUUUUUUAUUCUGUCCACGUUAGUGACACUCACCCACAAGUCUAUUUUGAGCUAAGUGGCUAUUUGCACUAUGCCAAGAAUUGCUUUGCUUGGCUGGGCUUUGACUUUUUUGACAUGAAACCACAGGUGUAAAACUCUGCUCCUUGUAAAUCAUUUCAUUUGCUAGUCUGAGAUUUUUCUAAACAUAAGGACAGUAUAUGAUCAUUUUUAUUAAUUAUUUAUUGUUGAUACACAUUAGCAAUUGUUAAUUUUCACUACAUACUUAGAUAGACAUUGCUAGCAUUUAUUUUGUUUUUUCUCUUCUCCAAAUUGACAGAAAUCCAAAAUCAACCUGCCUUAUUCAAUAAAGCCAUAUAAAAAAAAAGCUUUAUUUAAGGUCAGAUGAAAGAAGUAUGACAUACAAUACAAUAAUACUCAACAUGAAUAGAUCCAAUAUUUUAAAUGUACUUUUCUGGUAGUUUUGUUACAUAUGACAGGGCUAUUACUGGUUCACAGGUAAUGAAAUUAUAAUCUGUAAAUCGUAAACAAAUUGUUAGGACGGCUGCCCUUGGUAAACAUUUCUGAAAAUGACCGCACACUUACAGGACAUGACCUACACAACAUGACUGUGUUAUCUAUAAACUAGAAUUUGCAUAUGUGUUAGAUGAUUAUCUUUUUGCUCAGAUUUGAAAAAGGUUCAGGUGAUAGGCACAUGCUUGAAUAAUUUGGGUGAGUUUGCUACCAUGACUGUAACUGUUCUUUCUGGAGUAUGAUGUCAUGAUGACACAAUGCCCUUACUCUCUGUUACAAUGGAACAGACAUAGAGAUCUGUGCCACUGGGGGAAUUAAUCGCACCAGUACCUCCAUCUAGAGCCCCCUGAAAUGGGGAUUUGGAUGUGAAUAGCUUUUGGGGAUUUCAGAUUUAUCCUUAUUUAGCUGUUGUUAUGCCACUGUCAGAUGUUAUGUGAAGCAGUUAUAAUGACUAAAGUGGUGCAAAAGUAACUGAAGAAGAAUUCUGAUUUCCCAAGGUUUUUUUUUUUAUUUGGAAGUUUGCUACGCAAAAGGAAGACUUUGAUUUUUAAUGCUAGCUGUCAGCAGGUUCACCAAACACAGAUAAGAAUGUCAACACCAAAAGGCCAUUUAAGUUUUAGGUUUGUAAACUAACUGUAUACAUAAACCUAGCUUUUAAUGGCAGAACUCGUUGACAACCAAGUCUUCAAAAACAAAAAAAAGAAAAUUGUGCAGAUAUGGCAUUCGUCAUUUUCUCAAAAAAAAUAUAAAAAUACACAUAUAUUGCCGUUGUGCACACGUUACAGAAUACAACCUGCUACUAACAGGCAGCAGUUAAAAUAAUAACCAUUUCUAGCCUAGUGUUUUGUUUUUAUGGUUUUCAAUCAUGCUACAAAGUGCAAGGCUUUUCUAUUGACAUUUCUUGUAGUUUUAAGGUUUUUGCUGCCCAAGAGACAUUCUCAAUUUCUCACUGCAACAAAGUGGCAACAACAAAUCAAAAUGGAACUAAACCGCUCUCACCUCGCCUUCUACAUGGGGUUGAUUUCUUUCUUCUCAGUUAUCCCAAAAGUCGCCCUAUGAUCUAGCAAGGGUGAGCGAGGAUUAGCCGCUUUUAACCCAAUACUGAAAGUUGCUGAAAUUGUAUGUCAUCCAGUGACAGCUUGCGUGUCUGAUUUUGAUAUAUAGCCUUUUUGCUAUUUUUGUUUGGGUAACUGUUGUCCGAGUAGAACAGGCUCAUGGCAUAAUUUAGUGAAGUACCAGAGAGAUGUUUAGUAUGCCUUAAAGCCUUUCAUCCCACUCUAAAGCAAAAUAUGUGUGUUCCCUUGAUAUGCGAUCUGUACUUCUGUUGGACCGAAGAGCUCACAAAUCCUGCCCAAUGUGAUUACUGGCCGAUAUAUGAGAACAUGGCCAAGGCUUUAUUAAAGUUUUAUCUUACCGUCCACUCAUAAAUGGAGAGAAACUGCUAUUUUUGAAGCCCUGGAAUGUUUUCUAGAAGUGGACAGUGUGUUCUUUUGUCUCACAACGAUGAUGCUAUCUUUAAAAACUUAUUCUCAUGAGGGUUCCUUUAAAUUAAUGUUUUGUUGUUUUUAGAAUCUCUUACCUCUUAAUUUUGAUCAUUAAAAAUCGAGAGAUCCAAUUCAAUAUAUUAAUUAGAUAUAUUGCAUAUUUUAAUUAGAUGUUGUUUUUCCUUAAAUAUGCCAUGAUAAUUAGAUAUUUUUCACCUAUUUAUUUCCUAUUAAUAUGCAUGAUAGGAUAGUUAUAUUUUACCCAUCCCAUCUUAGUACAUCAAGCAAAGGAUAGAUGUCUAUCUUGACCUGUUUGCUAAAUUCUCCCAGGGACCCACACACAUUUCUUUCUGUGUCCUCUAGCUGGGGUCCAUCCUCAUUUUCAGUCAUUAUAUACCUUAAUGAAAACAUUAGCUCAUUGUGUAAACUUAUUUAACAUUUGUAAAAGAAAUAAUAAUUGUAUUUAAUCUUAUUUCCCCAAAUGUUCUACAAGUACAGUAUCCUUUGCAGCGUGCCUCUUUUAUGUAAAGUCAUUUCAAUCAAUUAUUGUGAAUAUGCUUUUCAAGAAAAUACUUUGCAGCAGUGUUGGCGAACCUUGGCACUGUAGAUAUUUCUGGACUACAUUUCCCAUAAUGCUUAAUGGUAAUGUAGUUUGCAAACACUUCUACAGGGUAAUGGUUAGCCAUCCCAGCUUUACAUUCAUGGGAGGGUUAAAUGCUUCCUGUAUAUGUUUAUUUUAGCUGAUCUCCUUCAACCCAUUUAGCGCCCAGUCGCACAUCCAUAACAGAUAAUGGUGUAUCAAAUUAGUCCGCUAUGCUACUGCAUCAGGCUGCUGGAUCAAUAGAUUGACCCUGUCUGUCAGACUGCUCGCUACAGUAAUUGUUACAAGAGAAAAAAAAAAUGGAAAGCGAAUACGUGUCCAAAUAAUGCAAAAUUAAUAAAUAAAAUAUGACGUUUAGUACUUUGCCUCUUUUACUUAUGCAUGUUUAUGUGUUUACACUGCAAGGAACACUAUGCUUAAGUUAAUCAGCUGAGUGUACAUUAUUUAUGGCGGUUGUUGGGUGCGUUAUGGAGGCAGUCAGUUUCACAGAUGACAUUGAUCUUACUCAGGUGCUCCAGACCUUAACAUGCUCUGUAUUCCUCCCUUUAUCCCUGAGAUGCUCCAGGGUACCAUCAAAUCACAUUUGCUUGAUUGGCAGUAUAGAACUUGCCCUGUCAAUACAAUUGAUUUUUUUUUUUUUUUUCCCACAGCGAGGGAUGUGCAGAGAAGCAUUAAUCACUUGUGCGAACCUUUGUAAAAAUUCUGUCUAGGCAAAAAUGUUCAGGAUUUCGCCUUGCUAAUUAUAUUGUACACCUGGCUGGAAUCCAUACAUACAUCUUUUCUAGUCAGUGGUAAGGCCAGAAUUUGGGCAAUUAAUUGCAUUUGUGAAGCUUAAUUAAGUCCUUCUGAAAUGUGCACAAAAUCAUAAGUCAGAAGGCCUCAGAAAGGAGACAUAUGGGACAAAGCGACCAUAGGGCUAGUGACACCUCAUUUUGGCCGAGAAAAAAAACAAACAUUUAUUGAAGUGUUUAAAUAGCACUCCUGACACCUAAGCAAGAAUGCUUAUGAUGCAGACUGUGUCAUGCAUUAAUUAAAAAAAAAAAAAGUUUAAAUCAUCAAAGAGGCACAGGUAGGGUAUAAUCAUUCAUUGUAUUGUGAGAGAAAUCAUUGAGUGGCCUCAUGUGCAUGCGCAAUUUUACCAUUAACCGUAUUUCACUUUUACUGAGAUGACAGUCACAGAAGAAUUUAACAUGUGUGCGGUAUUGCACCUUACUUGGAAACAAGGCUUACUACCACUAAAGAAAAAAAGAAUGUUUAAAAUUUAAUGAAACCUUUACCUCAAUCUAUAGAAUCUCCAGUAUUCUAUGCCCAAUUCUUUCAGUACCUAGCCUUUCCCCGAUUUUAUUUGCAAUGUGUACAAUAAAGAUGCAUUUGUACCUGUUACAGAACUGCAUACAACCAUUGUUAAAACCCAUGUUUUAGUUAUACUAACUAGUGCAGAGGCAUAAAUUAAACUCAAACUGCACAUUAGUGUAUUUGUAACCUUUCGUCCUGUAGCUGGAAAUAUUGUUCUGGAACCAUCUGGCCAACAUUGAACUAUUCCGCAUGUGUGACGUGAGUAAGGAUACAUACAAGUGCUCUGGGCAGAACCAGAGCGUGUCCGCGCCAAACAUUUUAUAGCCUAGAAUCUGAGACCUUAACAAUACAUUGAAUUUAAUUACACUACAGUAAGAGGAUCUGGUAGGGGAAGCAGAGGAUGUAAAGCCUCGAACUCCUAUUGUUCUUUGGACAAACACCAAGCUGAACAGAACAGUUCACGUACUUUGAUAUAUCAUGGUCACAAUCAGGGAAAUCGACCUUUAUUAAAGGGACCGUAAAGCCCUUGAACAAAUAAACUGUAGUAAUGGUACUGCUGUUCUUAUGAACAAAAAAUUAACCAACUGGCCCUUCGGAUGACCGUGAUGUAGCUCCCCUCUUAUUAGCGAUUGUGGAAUACUCACAGAAUAAAACUAUCCAUUCAACAAAUCUUCAGAGUGCCCAUGAGAGACAAACUUAUGCAGAUUGUAUUUCAUACCCUGUGCCUGUAUAAUGUCUGCACUCAUUCAGAAAGUCAUCAGUUGACCCGUGAUAUAAUUAAUAAGAGAAUCUGUCAUGGACGAAACUCUGUAAACCAUUUUAUAACACUGAAAAGAAAUGAGCCCCUCGCCAAAUGUCCAAAACAAAAAAGAAGCUUAAAGGAACAUGGCCUGCUUCGGUGUGAUCCUAUCCAAUCUUCCUCACAGAUCAAGCACAUGCGCGGCAUUGAGUCAGUGCUCUCCUAUGAUGGCUUCCACGUCACUUGACUAUGUUUUACUUUUCAGUGUAAGGGCCUCUGGUGGCUGUCAGUGUAGCAGCCACAAAAGGUCUGUUUAACCCUUCAAGGUAAACAUUGCUGUCUCUGCAAAAUGUCAAUGUUUUACCUUGGGGGGUUAAAUUGACUGCACCACAGAUCGUAGACCACUUCAUUAAGAUGGUCUGUAAUAAAGAGAAGGCAGUAUGAUUUUUUUAUUUUUUUUUCUGUGUGUGUAUAUAUAUUAAAUCUGUAUUUAGUCACUGAUUUAUUUAGACACAUCCUUGUCUCUUUAAUUUACUUUUCCCAGUACAGUCCUCAGUUUACUUUUCCUUGUCCAGUAGUCACAGUCCUCAUUUAAGCACCAAUUUAGCUUUGGAUUCCAAAUCAAAUAAUUCAAAUAGAAUUUCAACUUAACUGGCACUGACUUUGGGUCUGGAAAACUGGUUUUAGAAGUGGAAUGCUUGUUGAAAUCAUAUCUAUGAAUUAAAAAAUGGAGUACAGCUUAACCUGCUAAAAUAACCUAUAUCUUUAAGUCAGCUCAUUAAUCUUUUUUUAUUGAGCCAAACCUCGUAAAGAAGCUGGGGGAAUGUUGUGGCAUACUCUUUGACUCUAUCCUUACCCAGCUGUCCCUUCUCACUGAAGUAGUUUGAGAGUACCUUUCAAUUCAAGCGCUUGGAAAACCGAACUACAAGCGUUAAACUGUCUGAGAAAUCUCUGCAGGUCUUAACUGCAACAUUCUUUCACCGGGUCUUGGAUCAGAGAGAUCGUAUGGAAAUUGACUGAGGCCAUAUACUCUGCAGCCUUCUACAUGCAUUUAAACUUGGAACUUGAUCUUUUAGGCCAACAUAAAAAUGUCUUACAUCACUAAUUAAAGACUGCCCAGAAGCAGAUAUGUGAGAGUGCGAUUAAACUGAUUGUAAAGAAACGUAUAUUUAGAAGUGCAUGCCUCUAUCUUUUUCUUCCCCCAAUCCCAAACGUUUGGGCCAUUUUUGUUUACAUAAUGAAAUGGUUAGUUUAGAAUAGAAUUGUGUCCUCUCCUUUCUUGCAAUGUUUUAAACUGGAAAUAAUAUGUAUAUUAAACAUAUUUUAUAUAAAAGGAGCUUAAAAUACGAUUAAUAUUUUUAUCUAGUUAUAAUGAUUAUUUGGUUUAAAGAAUCACUAUAGGGUCAGGAACACAAACAUGUAUUCCUGACCCUAUAGUGCUAAAGCCACCAUUCCUUAAAAAGCAUUAAAACUCACCUGAUUCCCCGCCGGUGCUGGCUUUGCCCCCUUGAUGACAUCAUCAGAAUUGCAGAUUUUUUGCCAUGAGGAAAGCAUUGGAUUGGCUAAAAUCGGCAAGGGGCGGGGUGUAGAAUAUUGCAUAUUCUAUGUUUAUAUUGAUUAUAUAUGGAUGUGUAGAUUGAAAUAAGUAACAGAUGGUAUAAGUCACAAGGCUUUCUUUGUCUGAGAGCUCUGGAAUGUAAGUUGGGUUUUUGUCCUUAUAUGGCUAGAGUUAUAGUCUGGUGUCAUUAUGGCACUUCUAUAUAGUAACUGAACACGAGGUCUCUCGCUCUCUUGGCUCUCUGGCUCUCUCUCGAUGUAAGGAUGUAACUCUCCCUUCAGGAGUCCAGGAAUUACCAUCUGCUGUUGAAUGUCCAUUAUCAUGUAACAUCCUUUGUUGUUUUAUUAUGUAUCCGUAACUAAGAAUAAACCCGAAGAAACCGUAAGUCAGAUUGCGUAUUAGUACUUUUCAUUAAUAUAGACAUAUAUUAAUGUGGCAAGUAAAUUUGACCCAAGACUAUAUAUACAAAAGACUUAUAUAUCAAUCAACAUUGAAGAUUCCAACCAGAUUUUACACGGGGCCAAAUGCCAUUUUGGUUAAUCAGCACCUCCUCAUAAAGAUGCAUUAAAUCAAUGCAUCUGUAUGAGGAAUAUUCAGCGUCCCCAUUCAGAGCGUGGAGAUGCUGAACGGCAGUGCUGCCUACUAUGCAGCACUGAGCCAGGAAGCACCUGGAUACGCCACUUGGAGGUGUCCCUAGGGGCAAUAUAAACGCUGCAUUUUCUCUGAAAAGGCAGUGUUUGCAUGAAAUUGCCUGCAUACAAUGAGUAUACUCACCAGAACAACUACAUUAAGCUGUAGUUGUUCUGGUGACUAUAGUGUCCCUUUAAGAGAUGCGCUACUAUUUGUAUCUAUCUCUACAUUACUUUGUAUCUCUUUUCUACUGUGAUUCCAGAUGCUUCCUCUGCUUUGUCAAUCAUUGUGAAUGCUAUUGAAGCUUAAUAAAACCAAAAUUGAUGUUGCUGAGCCACAGUACAGGUUAAACUCCAAGUGGAUUGGUAUCUAUCCAGCCUGGUUGGAAAUGUUUCUGAUGCUGUCAAGCUCUGCAUCGAUAGCAUUCGGGGGAAACAAUACAGAGCAAACUACAGCAUUCACAGCAGGCCUGCACUGGUUAUCAGUCGUACUGAGCAGACGCCUGGUGGGCUUGCUGGUAGAGCGCUAUAGCUGUGCAGCUCCCCUCCCUGCACUUGUGCUCUCACUAUGCUUGGAUGUGCUGCUGAGCUUAGGCUGACUUUGUGGAUUGUGGACUCACCGGUUCUUUAGCUGUCUUUAUAAAGCAAAGAGAAUGCCUGGAGUAGAUAUGGAAGGUCUGUGCCUGCAGCUGCUUCACACAUGUGCUUGGACUUUCUGCUUGCUUUGCCAGACACAGAGAGCCUGUGCCGCAACAUUCCACACAGUCAGCCCAGGCUCAGCACCACUACCUAACAGUGAGAGUGUGGCAUGCGUAGAGCAUGGGGGAACUGGUAGCAGGUGUCUUGAGACUGAACUGUUGAUGGGAGAGGGUUGUAUUACCUCUGCUACAUGUGUACACAGUGUGUUGGUGUAUGCAGCUGCCACUCGUUGUUUGUGUGUGUGUGUGUGUGUGUUUGUAUGAGUGUGUGUGUCUCUGUAUAAGUGUGUCUGAAUAGUUGUGCUUGUCUGUAUGAAUGGGAAACAUAAUGAAUGACUGUGUGACAGUUAUACAAAUGUGUCUGAAUAAUUAUGAUAUUCUACAGUAGAAAGUUGAUACGCGCUAAACUCCCAGAAAACACUGUGCAUAUAUUAAGCUUAACAGUUCUGUAAAAUGUGAUUCCAUUGAGUCACUUCCUGAUUUGGCAAAUGCAGGAACUUCAAGGUGAAGAUUUACUUUUUGUUGUUUUUUUUGUUGUUGUUGUUUUUUUUGUAUUUUUCAAUUUUGAGUCUAAGCAUUUUUUGCACUAAAAAGAAUGGGUCAGCUCCAGCCUGGUUUGUCGUUUUAAAGACAAUAUGUAAAUAUACAAUUUUAAUAUUUUUUUGCCAACUUGAACAAAACCCUAAUUUGUCCGUGUCUAAAGCAGUCACGCUGUACUGAGAAUAGUUUUUUUUUUUUUGUUUAGCUAAAAUAUGAUUUCUUAUCUCCUAGUGCCUUAAUCGUAACACUAAACCUCUGCUCAGACCAAAUCCUUUCCCCCCCCUUCCUUUUAGUUUCUUUUUUUUGCACAGAGCUCUGUUUAACGGGCUGCAAUCUAGUUUUUAUGAAAAAGCAGGAAACUAGCUGUCCUCAGUAAAAAGAUUUACAAAAUGGAAUCAUUGUUGAAAUAUUCCCUUUGAACUGCCUUGUCCACAGGGGUCUUUGCCUUCCAAUACCCUGUUUUCUUUAGAACACCCUUGCAAGUUUCUCUGGAAGAUCAGGUACUGUGGUAGUGUGUUCUUUGAAGUCUUCAAUGAAUGAAAGAAAAUGUAGAAUGAAUAGGGAACUGGUGAUCAAGCAGAAAAUACCCUUUAAGCCGACAGAAUAGCUGGGUUAACAUAUCCUAAGCCGCUUUUAGGAAGGGUUUGUUUUUUUUCCUUCAUCCCCCACACACACAUACACACACACAUUUCCUUGUUCUUUGUGUACAGUUUGGUUUUAUAGCAAGGAAAGUCACCUAUCUACAUACUUUUCAAUUUGCUUAAAAAUGUCAAAUUUUUGUUUGUGUUUCACCUCCUUUUUGUAACUUGGUACUGUACCAAAGUUCAUAAAGCUUCGACCCAAACACAGUAGGGUUCCAUCAGAAAAAGAGAUUUAACACUUGGAAUGCCGAACGUGGUAUCCCUUUUGUAAUCACACUAUUGCAUUUACUAUAAGUAUUUAGCAAUUUUAGGCUUUAGACCGUAAAAGAACCAAGUCAUAAUCUGCCUUUAAAGCUAAUGUUACCAUGCAUAAUUAAUAUAUAAAUGUUGAGAGUACGAGACCAACAGUCUCUAGAGCAUUACAUUACAUUUCAAACAUUGGUCGCUGAUCAGACAUCUUCCCCUGGUAGUCGGGCUGGUAGUGAAUGAAGCCUUUAAAUAUUUCCCAAUUACCCAAACCUUUCAUCUACUUGGUCUUGGGAGUCUGAAGACAUAAAGUGUCUGAUUUUGUGCAGUUCUUUGUGUAGCAUAUACAUCUGGGUGCAGCUGGGUCAGUGACUGCUGGUAGAUGCAGCAAAUAAUGUGGGAAUCAUUUUAGACAGCAUCCCAGAGAGUGGCAGUGUGGAUCAGCAGGUGAAAUGUUAUACUCGCUUAAGUACAUCUUUAAAGGAACCUAUAGUCAGAUAGAAGAUGUGGUCUUAUUAUAUUAUUUUGUAUUUAGUUUUUUUUUAAUGCAAAGCUUUUUUAUGUAGGUCUAAAUUCUCUUUUAAAACAAAUUAUAUGUGGAAGUUAAUAGUUUUGGAAACCCUACAUUUAAUAUUGCAUCAAUAUUUUUCUAAGGGGUGUCUGUCUCCCUAAUAGGAAAAGCCACUUCAAAGUACAGUCUGCAGGACAACUGACACCUAGAAACUAUUUUAUAAAUAUAUUAAUAAUGUCAUCAUUUCAGGAUCUGUCAUACACUAAAAGUGUGGAUGAGUUUCUCUCUUCUUUUGUUUUUUACAUACUGUAUAGUAAAUUUUUUAAAUAUAUAUAUAUAUAUAUACACAAAAUGUAGAGAUGACCAGCACUCAUGGUUUUCUAGAGGUUAAAAGUUGUAGGCUUUAAUGAAAAUACAUGUUAAAAAGAAGAUUGACAUUUCAGUGCACGUCUGGGACUUUCAUCAGGAUCUGGUACCUGAUCCUGAUGAAAGUCCCAGACGUGGACUGAAACGUUGAUCUUCUUUUUAACAUGUAUUUUCAUUAAAGCCUAUAACUUUUAAUCUCUAGAAAACCGUGAGUGCUGGUCAUCUCUACAUUUUGUAUACAUAAUCCCCCCCAGACUGCAAGCACCCGGAAACUACAAUAUAGAGCCCAUGUGUGCAAGGAUUCAGUGGAUUUUUUUUUUAUGUAUAUAUAUAUAUAUAUAUCCUUUCAAAACUUGAUGAAAGGAUUAUUAUAGUAAAGCAAGUUUUGAGGUGAAUGUUGUCCUUUAAGGACAAAAUACUGCAGAAUUUUAGCAGGGCUAACAUAUGACAACUGUUAAACCUCUGGAUAUCUAGAAAUGUUAUUGUCUAAUUCACGAAGAGGAAGUGAUCUGUCAAUAAUUCCUCUAUACUACUUAUUAAGCAAUGUGUAAAUGGACAGCACAAACCUGGAGUAUGCGAACAUCACACAGGAAAGAGUUUACAGCACGGCAUACGUCCAGUUACUAACAAUUUAUUCCAUAAGCGUUUAUUAUUAUUAAUUAUUAGACUUAUUGAGUGUUGUGACUUUGUUUCCCAUACCAUUAUGCUCCAACACAAAGUUUAACAUUCAGCAACAGGUCUAAAGAAAGAUAAAUAAUGUUUCCAACCCACAAAUGUAAACGGUCCAUAUGUGGAGAAAUUGGUAAAAGAUGGCUGAUUACAAUGUUAACUUUUUUCACUGGUCGCGGGUCUCUGUUUUUGCUCCUUACACCGGGUUAUAAAUCUUUGUCAUUUGAUUCAAGCAGUUUCUAUAUGACCACUCCGUCAUACAUUCUGCAAUUUUGCCAUUCACAACAUAUAGUGUUUAUUUAGAUUAUAUCAAAGAGUGAUGACAUUUCGGCAUAGUCAUAUGUUGCAGUUUGCUUCUGUACUGUCACUUUGACAGUUAAUAUAAGUUUGCAGUAUUUCUGACCGUUGACCCUGCAGCAUGGGUACUAAUUAUUUGACCCUCUAUGGAAACUAUUAAUUAGAUCAGUUUACUUUAAAAACUCACAUUUCAAAGCAUUUAUUAUGAAACCUUGUUUAUGGCUGGCAAAUACUGCUAACUGGCAAUCUAAUAUGAGUCACGAUUACAUGUGCAGUCGUAACUGAGAUUUAGCUACUUCAAAGUGAAAAUCCUUUUGCAUUUGGUGUUUCUGAUAUUUUGUCUACUCCAAAUAGCUGGGCAAUCGAAACCAUUUAUUUGUAUCAUUGACCUACCUGGAUGAUGUAAGCCAUUUUUUGGGCAGUCAGUUAGUAAUGCCUAGAAUUGUCACUAUGUUAAUAUUAUAAAAUGAGUUAUAUACCCCAGUAUUCUGUUAGAGUAUAUAGCUGAACACAAAAGGGUCUACUAAACCGCCAAUUGUAGUAAAUUGAAAACUUAAUGGCAACUUUGAGCCUUUAAAAAGGGGUCUGUUGCUGAUUUAGAAAAUGUUUCCAAAGCAGCUAUUGUCUGCUAAAUGUUGGAAUUCACUUUUCAGUCCACCACGGUUAGGUGUUUUGUGAAUGAAUUGUCGUUAAAUAAAACAAUAAUAGUAUCAAGAUGGAGAACAACCUUACACGAGGUAGAAGUACCAUGAAGUAAAUUCUUAGCCCGGUGACUUUAUAAUAACUUUAUAAUAAAAGUGAUGAUAUGAAUAUAUGAAAUGCUAGGGGAGACCCUUUUGAUACACAAGUAAUUCAUUCAGUUUUCUCCAAGGGACGUAAGCCACAUUUGCGAAUGUUUAGUUCCAGUAGGAAGUCAAUUUCUUGUUUUCUAAUCACAGGAGUGUAAGAUGACACAAGCUGCCACAUUAUUGCCAAGUUCCUGUGCCCUGAGACAGUCUAAAUGAAUGAUAGACUUCGGUAUCUGUUCCAGCAAAUCUCAUUGUUCUACUUUCAGAAUCCUCAGUGUGUAUGAAAUACUGAAUCGGAGAUCUCAAAGUGAUUUAAUGUUCCGUUUUCCUCUCUAACUAAAUGCACUCUGCUUGUAGUGGCCGAAUGGUAAGGAAAAUUGUCAUGGGGGAAAAAAACACUAUAAUAUUACGGUAAAUACUAGUGGCUGUGCUAUGGUAUUAUAUAAGGCAGUGCUGAUUAUUUAGUGUUCACAUUCUUUUCCUCUCUGUCUCUCUUCUCCUUUUCAUUUUUUUCAUUCAAGACUCCUUUUCAUUUUUGAUAUAUCUCUAUGAUGGCAGGUUCAAAAGACUCAGACUAAAAAUACCCUAGAGUUUUUUAUUUUCACCAAACCUGGUGCUACGGAGAAUAGAAAAUUUAAUUGCACACAUUAAUUCAAAAUGUCCAUAGUGAGGGGGGAAUCUCCUGCACAUAAAUUUUCCAGUUUGGCUAGAUUGCCAAUCUUCUGCAAUUAAAGUUUAGCCUUGUAUCUAGUUUACUUGUUUUUUGAUAUGCUCUAAUGUGUUUUGCUUUGUGCUGCAGUGUUUCGAUGUAAUGUAGGGAGUUAGCUCUUGUUAAAGGUAUUUCACCACCAUCACCACCACAAAAACCUUUAAACACUUACUUUUGACAUCAGCAAUUGGGGUAACCUAAUGUACAUUACGCAUUAGGCCUUCCCCAUAUAAAAUCAUUGAAUGAAUGCUUUUCUAUGGGGAAUUUGAAAUGCUAGAUGUCCUCUCGCUUUUGCACGAGCACCAGCGCCAUUUCACAGAGUUGAACUGCAAGAAAGGCCUAUAACAGCCACUAGAGGCAUUCUUAACCUUGCAAUGUAAAUGCAAUGCUUUAUGUUGCAGGGCUAAGGGGAUGGGAGCGUGCACCCAGAGCACUUCAAUGAAAUAAAGUGGACUGGGUGCCUGUAGUGUCCCUUUAACUUACUUGCACCAGGUUAAGAGCCUGCUUUUUUAGAGUUAGCAGUCGUCAAACAAUAGUGACAUGGUUGGAACACUCUACGAAACUAAUCUCUAAGUAUUGUUUGCAACUACUAUAGACAAUAAUGAGAGCCAUUAGCUGCAACUGACAUUACGUGCUGGCAGCUGAGUUUUAGUGAUGGCAGCCUGUCACCACUAGUCAAAUACUGCAGUUCAUAUACAGCCACUACGCAAUAACAAUAGCCACAAGCCCUAGUAAAUAGUAGCUGCUCCGUAGAAAGUAGCAGCAAUUUUAGAAACAAUCUCCAAGAUUCUCUUUCUUUAAUAACAUUUUUAAAGGUUUACUCCGAACUCCAUAAUCACUCUAGUUAUUUGAAGUCGUCAUGGUGGCUAGAGACCGUAUGUGCAUGUUUUGCUAUGAAAGUAUUGCUGGCAAAAUGCAGGUUAAAAGUAUUCAUUUAGGCUUCUUUAAGGGAAAAGAGGGGAAAAAAACUGUAUUGUUGGAUGGAACGCUAAGGAAUAUUAACUGCAGCCUUGCAGGAGUAAUGUUUCCCCACAGAUCGUAAACUGGUUUAAGUGCAGUAACAUCAACUUUAAGAGUGUUAGUCAGAAUUUGUAUGUCCUCAAAUAACUCCCUGAGUUUGUGAAGAGCGCCAACUGUCGCACCCCAUCCUAAAUUCCACAUUAACAAUCUCCUUCCACAGUGUUAAACUUCACUCUCCGUGACUUUUUGUUUAACUUUGUAGAUCUCAUCCAAGUUAAAUUGAAACGUGCAGGUGAAGUUAUCCUGCUUUUUAUUCUUAUUUUCUCUUUUUGGUCUUUGACUUUACAGCAUUUCAGUCAGCCCGGCAGAGAACAGAUGGUGUUACAGACAGUAUAGCUACAGUGUAUCAGCCUGUGUCAGUGGGUCUCAGGCAGUGUCACUGUUUAGCAGACAGCGUUACUCUGUUGCAGACAGUCCUUCGAACGGUGUUAGUUGGGUAUUGGACGUGUUGGCGUCCUACCAGCAGUGUUACUAUGUUUUGGAAACAUUGAAAAUACAGCAUGUACGAUGUAAUGAAAUAAUGAAUACACAGAACACUGCUAACAGGAACAUAAAGUUAAAACAAUAGUUCAUUUUUAUUUUAGUUUUCAAAAUUAAAAUACAUGUAUGUUAAUCUGACAAGUGUGCCACAUUCCCGAUCUGAGAUAUAAAGUUUUUACUUAAACGUGCUGUAGGAAAAAAUGAAAACAGAUUACAAUAAUUAUUUUUGUGUCAGAAUAAAACAUAUCUCUCUGUCUGACAAGAGACCAGCUGCAAGCCCCUUUAGUAGUAUGGGGGUCUUGUGGAUGCAAUAACUUCUCAUUUAAGUUGUGUUUUGUUCGAAUGGUGCUAGCUCAGAAUGUUUGCAACUACUGUUUCUGUUACACGAGGGGCCAAAAUUAUUUUCGCGCCUCACCUGCUACAGUUUGUUAGUGGGACAAGCACACACUCAUGCACUCAUAUGCUGGGGUUUUAAAUCAGUUGAGGAACAAACACAAUGAUUACUGUCUAUCAGCUUACUAAAAAGUAAUAGAUAUAUCUUAGGGUGUGUAACACCUGAAAUUUAAGCGAUCGAUAAAGACUGACAAGAAUUCACUAAAGUGUAAAUGUCAGAAAUUCAGGAAAGUGAAUUUAAACUUAAAGGUAGAAAUAACCUUUACAAUAUAGCAGACUGUGAGAAUCUUUCCAUUUGUGGUAUUUUGACCUAAAAUUCACUUUGUAUUUCCAACAGUUCAUAUUUUAGUGAAUAAGGAUAUCUGAAUACAGUUCACACUGUACUGAAUAACGUUCUGAGGAUGAGAACACUGUUCUUGAUUGUAAAAUAAGACCAUUUUCACACUUUGUCACGUAUUCUCUGUGAGUGUCUUGCAUCUGCUCCUUCUACAUCGCAGCGGAAUAUGUUGGUGCAUUCCAUACAAAUUAUAAUAACCAGCCCUUCUCUCUGAAUUUAGAGUCAGAAUGUGAGCAAACUGGCUUUACCUGCACGUGUAAACGGUCAUCGGCAGAUAGCUAUAUUGGUUUGGUGAACUUCCUGUUUAGGAUUCAGCUGACUAUAUAUUGUUUAUGGUUCAUAAAAUCUUACUACUGUCCUCCGACACCAGCAGAUCAGAGCUUCAACUUUCACGGCGCAGUAAAUUAAGGGGUGGGGGCCAGAGUGUGGCGCUACUCCUUUGAGAACCGUAAAAGAGACUUCAGUUAGCAGUGGUUAAAUGGGGUUUUAUAAGCACAUUCUGUGUGGAACUGUUUUGCAUUACAUGAGCUCAAUACCUUAGAGAUGACACACAUCUGCACGCACUUUAUUAAAUCCUUAGUCAGCACUUUUCUACCUGAUGAGAUUACUUCUUCAUUUGACUGGAGAAAGAGAAGAGGGGAAGUUACUGGACGGCACAAUUCUUUUUGAUGUUUCACCUUGAGCACUAAGUAAGGACAAUGUAACACUCUUUAAGAUGAAAGAGAUGUGCACGGAUACGUAUGUAUUUAACCGUGGUACAGCCAAAGAUAAAAAAAGAAGAUAAAGCACAGACUGUAAGCUCAUCGAUGCCCACCUCCCCCAAGCAUUUGAUAGAUGAUCUUGGCUAUAUUUAAUUGGGGUGUGCAUCAAAGAGCAUUUACUUUGCCUCCCCCAAUCCCCAAACCUAGAUGUUUAUAACAUAAGCCUGUAUAUUUACACAUUAUCUGUUAGAGAGACGCACAAAGGCAGUGGGAAGUAUUGCCUUAGAUUAAAUCCUUGUUGGUAUGUAUGGCCCGGGCUUCAACCUGCAACAGAACACUGCGGGAAGCGAUGUAUAACAAUGUAGCUGUUUAGUGGAUCUUACACAUUCGAGCCUUUUAGACCCCAUUCCUUACAUACACUUUGGAUGUAAGUAUACAAAGUACCAAACUCUUCAAGCAGAUUAUUUCUCCAUGGUCCCAGUUCAAUCUCACAUGUUCUACUGUACAGGACACUAAUGUUUUUAUAGGUCCUUCUUCCUCCAAAAAAACAAGCAUGCAUUGGUGUACUAUUCAUGUUUCACCACUAAAGGGACAUUACUAGCAGUUUAACUUUAAAUGGAAUUUAGAGACCAUUAAUAAGAAAGCACUUAGAAUAAAUAUUUAUUAUUAAUAAUCAUAAUGAAUGUUACAUUUUCUGUACAUUCACAUGCUUCUUCUGUGCUUAAGUUCAGAAAAGGCAGUGUUUACAUUGCUCCCUAGAGACACCUACAGUGGCAGUCACUCAGACGGCCACUAGAGAUGCUUCCUGGAUCAGUGCUGCACAACAUGUUCUAAGGCUGCCAUCACAAUUAAUACUAUCAAUGAGUGAUGUCAUCAACAGCCACAUCCUCAAUUCAAUACAAGCUGCCCACCGCUAAUAAAGGGGACUUUCUCCAAGCUAUCCUAGACAACGGGCUAAAACGAGCAGCCCAUUGGCCUGUCCCAUCAUGCUGAAUGUUCGUUUAUUUUUCUCCUCUAUGAUAAUUGGAUAUUGUUACACCCCCUGGCAGUUGGUCAUGCCCCAUCAUUCACUAUAUUUAGUUCCUAACUUCAGAUACACGGUGAGGAUGAGUUUGUGGGAGGGUUAUAGUUGUACCAGUAGUAGGAGAACAUGGAUGCAUGCAUUUAAAUGGCAUAUGUAAAAAAAUAAUAAUAAUGUAAAUACAUUUUUAACAGAGUAACUGGUUGAUAAAUAUAAACAGAUUUCAUGUUUUGGUGUUGACGUCCCUUUAAAUAUUACCCAGUUCAUGCAUAUUGGAUGAAGAAUAAUGUAUAAAAGCGGAAUAUAACUUUAUUCCACCUUUGAAGCCAGGAACAAUCUGCAUAUGUUUUGUAAAUCUUGCUCUAAUAUGUGCUUGAAAUACCUUUUUAAACCAUUCUUUCAUCGUCUCUGGGCAACUCUUGCUAGCUCCGAAAUUGUUAAUGGUCAUUUGCCAAGCUGUGAGUUCGUUUACUGAAUGGAUCAUAUUGAUCCGAGUCCUUGUUUGAAACCUGUAUUGUGUUAAUUUGCAUUUCCAGUUAGUGUCUUCUACGCAGAGCGUUUUUUUUUUUUGUUUCAAAGUUUUGAUGCAUUAUUUAAACAUAGUGGCCAUUUUACUAAAAUACUGUCGUCAAACUAACUGUGUUAGAAAAUUCACCAGUUGUACUUUAUUUCGAAACCUGGCUGUAUUGGCCCAAAUUUAGAAUGUAUUAAUUAGUAAAUAAUCCCCAGCAUGGUCCCUAAUAUUCUACCCUUUAAUGCAGUGUGUUUUCCAAGGGCCGUUGCAGUAAACUCUUAAGCUGCCAUCUUAAUUUCACAGUAUUAUUAUAGUGCACUUUAAUAGUGUUAUGUUAUUACAGGGGACGGCAAUACUUAUAUAUAUAUACUAAAAUAUAUAUUGUCUACUAAAUUUGAUUAAACAGCAAUGCAUACUCUCUGACUGCACAAGUCAAACUCAAGAAGAUUCGGUCUUAUUACUAUUGGCAACAAAUUUAUAAAACGUAAUGGAAAUAAGUGGUUAUGCACUGUGUAUAACAUGUCUUAAAGAAAUACUUUGGCCACCAAUGAAGUGUAGGUUCCUGGGUCUUGGCUUACCUCAAGGUGGUUUAACCCCAAAGUCUUGCAUCUGCUACCCGUUAGUUCAUCCCAAAGACAUCCACUACAGUCGGAGGCUUGAAACCGGAAGCCUUGGACAGAGCUCUUUCUUAACAAAAUGGUUUGAAAAAUGUAUUUAAUUACUUAAUUUUAUUUAAAAAAAAAAAAAAAGAGAUUUUUAUUGUGUAUGUGUUUUAACCCAUGUGAUGAAUUGGCCGUGUAGCAGGAUUCUCUGACCUCGGCGAUUAGGAGGUGGGGGGUUAAAGUUAAUUCAUGUUAGCUUUACCCUUCAUUGACAUGUUCCCUGGUGGGAGGUGAGAAGGGAGACAAACCAACAGAAGAACAUUGUGUCUGCAAUCUCUCCUAAACACUGUCUCAAGGAACAGUAACAAAGUUUUAAAAUCCUUAUCCCAGCCUUUUAGCUGCACUGCACAGCUAAAACAAGAAAUUCUGAGUCAGCAUCUUCGAUUGAUUAAAAACUAACCUUUAAAGUAACUCUCAGAGUGUGUGGUUAGCAUUUAAAUUUAAACAUGUCAUGAAUCUGAUUUGUGUUACAGAAUAUCAACUCCAAACCACUAAAAUUCACAUCACUUUUUUUUUUCUUUCUUAAUAAUUCCCUUAAGCAGCUAAAGUAUUUUACAAAAAAAUGUCAAUAGGGCAAAAAAGAGAAAGACCCCGAACCUGACUUAUACUUUGUUUCCCAUGCAAAUAAUUUGCUUUUCCCAAAAAAGAAAAAAACUGUAUUAAAGUGAAGUUCAAUAAUUGGACCUUUGUCUAACUUUCUGAAAUGCCAGGGAAAGCUAGAUUGAUUAAAUACACAAGGGUGUUUUUUUGGAGUGUGCGGUCCUACCUGCUGGCUAAGUCAUAAAUUAAACAGAAUAAAUAUAUAUAUACUUCAGUGUGUUUGCAGUGGGCUUGCUACGUCAGAGAGUAAAGAGGAAGACUGGUACAAGGAGAGGGUCGAGGAUUCCUUGCUAAUGAAAGUCACGUCUGGGUCUGUCUGGUUGCCUGUAGCAACCAGACAUGAUGUAACACCGCGAUGAACUUGAACUUGGGGAGUUGCAAAAGGGAACAAUAGACCAGAGUAAUCAAUAAAGCCUAUUUUGGUGAAGGAUUACAGAACUGCUCUGGGGUAACCUUGUCUGUAAGGCAUUUUCUGAAUAGUAAGCCAUGUGAGCAAACUUUCUUUUCUUUUUUUUCUGGGAAAGUAGUCUGCAAGUGAUGACAGGAAAUUAUUCCUUGCACAGUGUAGGGUCUGUAGACUUGUGUCAAGGCAGGACAUAGCCCCCCUGAGUAUGCAAACAUUGCAGGGGGAUUGUAUUCUAUCAGCUGGCUGUAUUCGAUCCCUAGGCAAUGGAAUACUUUUUGCUUAACUUUUCGUUGGCAUGGGAGCCGGGGUUAAUUUUUAGCUAACAGAGACGUUCGUUUCUAUCAAAAAGAAUAGUAGCAUAUGGAUAAAAUUCUAAAGCAUACUAGAUCGCUGCUUACUAAAGUGCAUUUGUGGCAUUGCCCCUUUCUUUCCUGCAUAUUGACAUGCCAAAAAUAAUUCCAGUUGGCCUCAGCUGUACUUUGGCUUCGCAAAUGCACAUAUGUUUGGGGCACACUAAUCUGGACGACAUCAGAACACACCCAAUCUUUGUAGUAUAGUGCUCAACAGUUGUAUUGAACAUGAACUGGCUGAUUGCAGGUUGUUUACAUGCUUCUUCGUAAAAUAUCUUUACAGGAUAGUAGCUGUCACUGCCAGCCUAUAGACCUGUACCAUGGAACAGUAAGAGUGUGCAGCUCACUCCUUUCUCUGUCCCCUUUUCUAGGUGUUACUUAUGUAAUGUAUCAAAUACUAGCAGGUUUAUUCACUAACGUGAGGAUUAAAAGUUAAUUUAAAAUUUAAAAGAAUACUGAAGCACUAAAGGAACAAAUAUGUAUUCCUAACACUAUGGUGCCCAUUUUAUAAUUUUUAGGUGACAGAGCCAAUGCUGCCUUUGUUAAAAAAAAGUAGUAAACUCACCUUUUUUUUCCCACGCCACUGAAGUCUCCUUGCUCAAGUUCCUGCCUCUUAGACUGAGAUCAUAGAGAUUGAUGAUCUCAGCCAAUCCAAUGCUUUCCCAUAGGAAAGCAUUAGGAGGCUAGUGCACAUGCGUGGCAAAAUGCCAUACUGCGCUACUCAGCUAUAUUUUUACUCUUGAUAUUUUAUGGAAGGGCCUCUAGUGUAAUAGAUGUCAACCUGACAGCCGCUAGAGGCAGGUUAACCCUGCAAUGUGAGCAUUGCCUUGCCUACAGAAUGGCAAUGUGUUCAACUGCAGCGUUAAAUGGGGGCACAUUGCACCCAGACCAUUUCAUUAAGGUGAAGUGGCCUAGGUGCCUAUAAUGUUCUUUUAAGUGCAAAGUAGCCAAACUGGAAGCAUAGUUUGGGUAUUUUGGCCUUAAUUUUGAAAUUCACUUUGAAUUCUCACUUGAGUGAAUAACCUUACAUAUUGUCUUGCUAAAGACUGGCUUAAACAUCACGCAGAAUAUUAAUCUACAUCCAGCAGAUAAAAUCUCUAGGUUUUUUUUUCUCACAGCUCACAAAGUGUUACUUGACUGUCGGUUGACGUCACCCAUCACUCUUACUGUACAGCAAGGGAAAUGUUAUGUUUUUGUCUUUUAUUAGGUCUGUCCCUUGCAUGAAGUGAAACGGUCCCUUAAAGCAUUUAAUGAAAUCCAUGUGUUGUGCAGGCCAGAUUGUUUGCAAAUAUAUAGAUGAAAAGCUAUUUAGUAUUUUGUCACAAACUACAUGUUGCUUUCCAUAAUAAAUGUAAGUUCUUUUCCAUGAUUUUUGGAGCAUUUAUCUUUGCCUCUAAACCUGAGAUCCAUUAAAAGGUACUUGUAAUAGGACAGGGAUAGGCAACCUUCGGCACUCCAGGUGUUUUGGAGUACAUCUCUCAUGAUGCAUUGUCAGUAUCAUGUGAUGUAGAUGGGGGGAUGGGAUGGGGGAUGUAGUCCACAACAUCUGGAGUGCCAAAGGUUGCCUACCCGUGUAAUAGGAUGUGCCCGGGUACAGAUCUUACUAGAGAUGUUUCUGCUGAAUGCUUGUGGUGAGUUUGUAUGUGAGCUCUGUGUGGACACCUUAUGGGCAGACCUUGAAAAUAAGACACCUCUUUCCUAACAAUGUUAAGAGCUUGUUCUAAUUGCAUUCUAAAACUAGCAUUUUGAUACAAUAGAAUGUAUAACAGAAUGUAAUAAAAUCGAAAAAAGGUCACUAAAUCAUUUUUUUCCCUCCUUUCCAGUCCUGGUACCUGGGAUAA